AUGGCAUUGAUCGCCGAUCAUCAACCAACUACUCUUCUAGAUCAUCAAUGGAUUCACACAGAUCAAGCUGGGGAAUAUCUGAAAGCAAUCAAAGAUCGAAAUGACAAUCAACUAAGAGACUUCUCAUUGUUAUUUAGUCCAGCGCUUUCAGCUGGUCUAGUUGUCAAACAAUAUCGUUACAAAAUUCUUCUUAUCGGAAAGACAGGGUCAGGGAAAAGCAGUUUAAUCCGAGCUUUGAUGGGUAAAGAAUUUUCCACGGUAAAUGCUCAACCAACACUUGGAAUCCAAACGACAAAUGUCUACUGGCCUGUUCGGAUCAAUCAACCAAAUAAACCAGUGUUUAUGUUUCGUCUGGAUUUUUGGGAUAUGGGCCAUAUGAGUUCGACAAGAUUUGAUUAUAUCGAUAAUGAUUCGAUGGAUUCUCUCGACAUGAUCAUAUUUGUUGUCUCGGCAGCUGAUCGUGAUAGUUUUACUGAACUACCCACAUUAAUCGAAGAGAAACGUAAACAAUGCAGUACUACUCGUCCAUUUGUCAGUUUAGUGUUCAUCACUAAAUUUGAUCAAUUUGCUGUACUAACUGAAAGCGAUGCGAAAGAGUUUCAAACAAAAUAUAAUAUACCUGUUUAUUUAUUUUCCAAUGUUUAUUCCAACAUGCGUCUGGCGACGUCGUAUUUGAAUCUCAUUGCGGAGAAACUGUACAAACGUGAUCUCGAACUAACUGGUCAACCGUUAUCUUGA